AUGUGCGGUUGCAAGUGUGUGGCUGCAAAUGUGCGGCUACAAGUGUGUGGUCAAAAAUGUGCAGAUGCAAAUGUGUAGCUCCUACUGCGUGACUGCAAAUAUGUGGCUGCUCCUACGUGGCUGCAAAUGUGUGGCUGCUCCUACGUGGCUGCAAAUGUGUGGCUGCUCCUACGUGGCUGCAAAUGUGGGGCCGCUCCUGCGUGGCUGCUACUUCGCGACUGCUACUGUGCGGCCUCCAAUGCGCAUGCGCGAAUGCAGAAAUGCGGACGCGGGGGAAGGACCUCCCCUGCACACGCCUUUGUGUGCACAUGUGUAAAUGUGUGCACAUAUUUUCACAUGCACAUUUGCCCCUACACAUUUACACAUGCACAUUUGCCCCUACACAUUUACACAUGAACAUUUGUUCAUACACAUUUUCUCAUUCGCAUGCACAUGCAGGAGGGCUCCUGUCGCAGAAACAGCUUUUGCGAGCCCCCCCGAAAAAGGGGGCGCCAUCAAAUAUAGGACUCUUAGCAGCCAUUGGUGGGAAGUAGUGUUGCCAUUUGUGGGAAGCAGUGUUGCCAUGAGUUACAUAAAUCGUGAGGGACGAAACGACGCCUUCGCGGGGAAACGUAGCACGCAGAGAUGAAAAAAGGAGAAAAUAAAAGUGUGACUCCUUAGCUGGCCAUUGUCCCCCUUUAGUAGGUAACACAUGCAAAAGGGAAACACUUGAAAGGGGAGUAUUAAUCCCCCCGUUUCUUUCUCCAGCUGCUUCCCCCAAAUGGGCCGUCCAAAAUGACCUGACUUGUUCAUUCAGGCAAUUCAGCUGCGUGGGGACUCCCAUGUUGGCUACACUUACACACAAAAUUGUGCAAAAAGGGCACACAUUUUUACGCGCAAUUUUUCUACACAGGGGACAUCCCCACGUA